CUGGUAAACCACCGCUGCGUUUUGUUCGCCGCUACAUUCAUGUGUGACAGAGACCCGCGCCGGUGUUUACUGCACCAGACUGUUGUAACUUUGCGCUUUAUGGUCGGGGAAGCUGCUCCGGUUACACGGAUGAGUGAAGAGGAGCUGAGAAGCUCCCCCGCUGCUUUUAGAGAGUGAGCAGGAUUAGGCUGGAGCUCUGUGGAGGCACGACGGCACUCUCACUCAGCAGCCAGAGCUGGAGCCAUGAGCAGGGCGCUAGCGGAGCACAUCAACAGUAGCUUCCGAGAAGAUGCUCCUCGUCCACCGGUUCCGGGGGAGGAGGGUGAGGCGUCAUGCUACAGCCACAGCAGACCAGGCAAAAUGAGAGCCCUGGGUAAGGUUAAGGAGAGCCCGGUCGCCAGCGCGCCUCCGUGCACCUCUCUGAUGAGAAGGAAUGAGGAUGGACUCGGAGAGCCGGAGGGCAGCGCGUCCCCGGACUCCCCUUUAGUCAGAUGGACUAAAUCUCUGCAUUUCCUCCUUGGCGACCAAGACGGCGCCCACCUUUUCAGGACCUUUUUGGAGCGGGAGAACUGCGUUGACACUUUGGACUUUUGGUUCGCCUGCAACGGCUUUAGGCAAAUGGACUUAAAGGAUACCAAAACACUGCGAGUUGCCAAAGUGAUUUUCAAGCGGUACAUUGAGAACAACAGCAUCGUCGCCAAGCAGCUCAAGCCUGCCACCAAGACCUUCAUAAGGGAUAGUAUCAAGAAGCAACAAAUAGACUCGGCCAUGUUCGACCAGGCACAGACGGAAAUUCAGUCCAACAUGGAAGAAAACGCGUAUCAGCUGUUUCUGACCUCUGACAUAUACCUCGAAUACGUGCGCACCGGCUGCGAAAACGCUGCCUACAUGAACCACAGCGGACUCGGCAGCCUCAAGCUGAUGUGUGGAUACCUUCCUCCUCUCAUGGAGGACAAGGAGUGGAGCUGUGGUGACCUGAAGGCGAAAGCCAUCGGGUCCGUAGUUGGACUGUCUAUGAAAACUCUUAGGGCUACUGCUGCCAUCCGGACAGCAGCUGAGGUGCUGGAGAAUAGUUGCAGGUCCCACAGGCAAGGAGAUCCAGCCAGCCCCUACUUUGUCAACUCUGGCUACAUCUUUGCUCCUGCCACUAGUGCCAAUGACAGCGAGAUCUCCAGUGAUGCUACGACAGACGAUUCCAUGUCAAUGACAGACAGUAGUGUAGAUGGUAUCCCUCCUUACAAGACUGGCACCAAGAAGCAUCUUCAGCGAGAGAUGCAUCGCAGUGUCAAGAUCAACGGCCAGGUCUCCCUGCCACACUUUCCUAGAACACAUCGUUUGCCUAAGGAGAUGACCCCUGUCGAGCCCUCAACCUUUGCUGCACAACUCAUAGCCAGACUUGAGAAACUGAAGCGUGAGCAGGAUACCAUGAGCUCAUUGGAGGAGCGACUACAACAGAUCCAAGAGGAGGAGGACAGGGAAGAAAGUGUCGACGUCACUGGCGAUUAUUCCAUCCAUCACCCCCUGCUUCCAUCUGGCAACCAGUGUGAGGAAGACCCUCAAGCUAUCCUGGAUGAACAUCUCUCCAGAGUCCUUAAGACCCCUGGUUGCCAGUCUCCUGGUGUGGUGCGACACUCGCCGCGUUCCCACUCCCCAGACCGGACAGGUGCCUUGGUGUUCUCGGACGAGGGACCCCUCUUUGGUGUACAUCCUGGUGCCUCCAAGGUCCUAGUGCCAAGUCUGCAGUCCACAAAGCACAUCCACCACCACUACAUCCACCAUCACCAUGCUGGGACCAAGACAAAGGAGCAGAUUGAAUCUGAAGCGGCUCAGCGGGUGCAGUGCCUGUGUCCUCCUGGGGGGUCUAAGUACUCGGAUCUGACCUCUGUUCGCUGUAGCUCAUUGAGUAGGCGGUCGGUAAGACCUACAGAGAAUGGUGUGUCUCCUCCUUGCCUUCCUCUUGAUGCCACAGACCGCUCUCAGAAUGUUUGGCAAUGGAUCCUGGAGAGUGAGCGGCAGGGCAAGCACAAACCACACAGCACUCAGGGUCUUAAGAAAUCUAACCUUCUUGACUGCAAGACGUUAUCUGGUCGGGCUCAUUCCCCUUGGGGUGGUGGGGGAAUUGGCAAUGGUGCUCAUCUCCGCAGUCAUCACCCAGGCCAUCCUUUCAUUCAGGACCCUGCUAUGCCACCUCUGCCUCCACCCAACACGUUGGCACAGCUUGAGGAGGCUUGUCGGAGAUUAGAGGAGGUGUCCAAACCUCCAAAACAAAGGCAUUCAGUGGCAGCAGGUCUUCAGAAACACAGGGGUCCACCAGUUGCUGCCUUUUCCUCUGUAGGAAGCUCUCUCAACAGCCCUGGACUACAAGCUGAAGAUUCUAAAGAACUAGUGGUCACCUACUUCUUCUGUGGUGAGGAGAUUCCCUAUCGCAGCGUCAUGAAGACCCACUGCCUCACUCUGGGACACUUUAAGGAACAGCUAAGCAAGAAAGGCAACUACAGGUACUACUUCAAGAAGGCCAGUGACGAGUUUGAGUGUGGCGCUGUAUUUGAGGAAGUGUGGGAGGACACCAGCGUGCUGCCCAUGUACGAGGGAAAAGUCCUUGGCAAAGUGGAGAGAAUGGACUGAACGCCAUUUUGUCACGAACGCAACCAAUGCCCUUUCAUGCCCGACCAAAAGCUACAUUGUCCCCAAUACAAGAGACUCUUUAUUGUUGAAAGAAAAAUGAAUUCUGGACACUUUGUUUGUUUUAUUUUUGUUUUGUUUUGUUUUGUUUUUUAAGCAUUUCGUAAUAUUAAGCUAAACAGAGUUAAUAUAUCCAGCACAAGAGGAGUGAUUGAAGGAAGACGAGCCAAUGAAGUAAGCAGAAACCAGAGGAGGCACUGGCCCUCCCUGACACUGUCAACCAAUCAGCCUUAGAAACACAAGGGAACAGAGACUUUGGGGUUGGUGCUGAUUGGAAGCCAGUCGGGGGUAAGACCCGCCCAACGUCUUGAAUAUAACCACUGAAGUUGUAGACUGUUGUGACGUGCGAGAACAGCAGAGGUGCUGACUGAGCUCUUCAGGCACAACUGUACGUGUGCAUAUACAUACAUGACUAUGUAUAUAUACAUGUAUUUUAUCUAGUAGAUGCUUGUUGUUAUGAGGUGAACGUUUUUAUUAAGUAUUUAUUGAAAUAACCCUUUCUCUUUUUAGCCCCUCCAACCUCUGUCCUUCCUGACUCCAGCCAAUGGGCAAGCUGCUUUGAAUGUUGGGAGAACUUCAAUAGAAUAGACUGAGACACUAGACUAGAACCUCCCACAGCCUUGUAGCCCUGUCUGAACCAAAAUAACGACCAUUUAGUUUGUCCCACUCUCCCUAAUGGUCAAUUCCAGUCUUAUAUGCUGCUGAUAGUUUUUAAUAUUUACUUGGUCACACUAAUGUUUUCGUCUUUUUUUUGUUAGUCCCUUCUCUCCGUCUGGCGACAGAGCUCAAUCUUUUUUGUUGUGCCUUUGUUUGCAAACCAGGCAUUGCACAGGGGGUGGGGGGGGGUUUCAAACAGCUCCACGCAGAGGAGACCUGCAGCACAGGCUGUACCAUCUAAUAAUGGCAGUGUUUACAGCCCGCACACCAAAAUAACUUGCUCUAACAAGAAACAUUUUGGGUCACAGAAAAGGACUUCUGGAAGAAGUCCGCUCACGUGUUAGACAGGAACAUGAGCACUACGGCUCCCGAGUUGUUUGAAUGUUGCCACAGCGAUACGCUCUAUCACAUAGCUCCUGUAUACAUUGUAAUUAUGCAUUCUGAUGAACUGACACACACACACACACACACACUCGCUGGUGUUUUAUGAGUACACCUGUGCCUAUAUGGAUGCCAUACCAUGUGCUACCCUGUUUCAGGGUUUUAAUAUAUAUCCCUUGGUUUUUAAAAGGGUUUUGUGUUUGAAAAGAUAUUUUUAUGCUUUUAAUAAUAUCCAGUAAUCGUGUGUUUUAUUUGUUUCCACGUUGUUUUUACACCCCCCGUUGUUUUAUUUUAUUCUAUCUAAACUGUAAAUUAUACAUUAUAUAAAGAGUUUCAUUUAAAGAUUUACA